UUUUUUUUUUCUUUUUUUUUUUUGUUUAGUCGUUUACUUAUUGACGUAUUUGUUUUUUUUCGACAAUGAACAGAAUACUACUCACAAAACUAAGCUAAAGCUCUCUUUUGUUCCCUUCUUAUCCAAUGCCGGCUCUGUUCAUCGAUAAUUGACUCGGAAUCUUCCUUCGUUCAUAUGACCAAAAAAAAAAAAAAUAAAACUCGUUACAUGCUUAUACAAUCUCUCCGAUAUUUUCCAAAACAAUGACACAAAAGACAAGAAAACAGUACCCCAAAAAAUUAUAAUGAAAACAAAAGCAAGUAAAAAUGCAUCAUCGCAUUUCCAUUUCAAAAAUUUCGGUGAUUCAGUCACUUCACGAUUUCUCAAAAUCACCGUUGCCUAGAAGUAGAGUGAUAACCCUUACAAUUGGUUAUGGCUUGCGUAGACGACUAUCAGAUCUCUAGCGCAAAAUCAGUACUGUUGCCCAUUUUUACUUGAUAUCGUAUGCGAAAUACAACAUUCUACAGCUAUCUUAAUCUUCGAAAUUGGUAAACUACCAGCCGAACACACUACAUCCGCAUAUCUUAAUUUGGACAUUCUCGUGAGAUGUUAGUCGCGAGCAGCAGCAACUGCUAUAUUUAUAUGGAAAUCAUGUACUGCUUUCCAUAUCAUAUGCAUAAGACCCCUCAUGUUAAGGCUUUGAACGUGAGGAGAAAUGUCGAGCUUGUUAUCCAGUUUUAUAGUCUUUUUCACCAAAGAUCGGGGAAAGCAAUUAAAGUCCAAAGAGUGGACUCCAUUAAGGUUAUGGACCCUCACAUCGCUUGGGCAAAAACAGACAAACCCGAGCAACGGAUAUCUUACGCAGUAUCUUGAUACAUCAUGGAUGAG